AUGGCUUCCGAGCAGCUGGCGUGCAGCAACCCCUGCGAGGCGAAGUGUCCCCAGCCCCUGGCCGCCAGCAGCAACGAGCCCUGCGUGGUGGCCUGCGGUGACUCCCGGGUGAUCAUCUACCCACCACCUGUCGUCGUCACCUUCCCGGGGCCCAUCCUCACCACCUACCCCCAGCAAACAGUGGUGGGCGCCUCAGAGCCCUCCGAGGUGGCCCUGGCAGAGCCCCCUGCUGCAGCCCCCCUACCAGCAGAAGCCCAGGGGAGGCUGGAGGCUGCAGUGGAGAAACUCACCCCGCAGGUCAUCACCCGCCCAGAGCCUCGGUGCGCUCCCAAAUACUCCUACACGUAUUCUUCCCAGUGGACACAUCCGUGCAAUUCUGGUGGCUUUGGGGGCUAUGGAGGCCUUGGGGGUUAUGGAGGCCUUUGGGGCUAUGGAGGCCUUGGAGGCUAUGGGGGCUAUGGAGCCUUUGGGAGCUGUGGAUAUGGUGGCUGGCGUCGGGGCCACAGGUACCUCAGUGGCAACUGCGGGCCUUGCUAA